UGUUAUAAACAAUAAAUUUCCAGAUAUUCAAAGUUAAACUCGAUAACAAAGAGAAGGAAGAUUUAGUUACUAUGGUGAUGAGACUAAAUCGAUUCUGGACAUAGUACCUGAGGCUGCAAUUUUCAAAUUGCCAUUGUCGCCCGUCCAUCCGUCUGUCGGUCCUCCGUUAAUCUCCGGAACGAAGUUAGACAAAAAUCGAGAAAGUUUAUUAUAAAAACUUUUAGUUAUCGAAUAAGAUUUUGUGAUGAAAAUAAGAAUGGACGAGAAUAAACCAAAAUUAACAGAUAAUCGUUUAUCUACGGGCGGCAAAAAUAAAAAAAGAGUACAAUGGGACGAAUUUAGCAUCAAACAAACAUGGCGAUCGUCCGAGAGAGACUCUGGCGAUACGGAAAUCAGAGAUAACAAAGAACAGGAGGAAUACGAGAAUGCAAACCAUGAAGAAUUAAACGUUGAAAUGUCGAGAAAUGAUCUCGAGUCAUCUGCAGUACGACCAAAAAUACGCUCCGGAAACAACGACGAAAAUAUGCAGAAUUCGGCUGCAACUAGGGCAUUCGAACAGAAGAGAAAAUUACACUACAACGAGUAUUAUGUUGCAAAGCUGGUGAAAAAUCUUUUCGGUGAUCAGGAUAUAUCAAUAGAAUUUAUAUAAAUUUCAGCAAUUAUUUUACCGUUAAAAUUCGGACUUAAAUAAAUUCGGUUGUGAAGUAAUUUUACAAUUA